AUGUUGUGGAAAUUAGCCGACAACGUGAAAUAUGAGGAUGACUGUGAGGAAAGGCACGACGGCAACAGCAAUGGGAACCCCCGGCUGCCUCACCUGCCAGCGGUCAGCCAGCACCUCUACAGCCCUUCUCCGUCCCUCUCCCACUCGGGCAGUUCGGACUUCCAGCCCCCCUACUUCCCGCCUCCCUACCAACCCAUCUCCUACCCGCAGUCCAGUGACCCCUACUCCCACCUCGGCGACCCUUUCAACAUCAACUCCAUACACCAGUCGCAGUCAUCGAACCAGCAGCAGGCGUGGCCCGGCCGGCAGGGCCAGGAUGGUCUCGUCGCCCACGGGAGGAGCGGACUGGCGAGUCAGAUCCUGGGCCUAGAAGGAGGCUCGUCAGGGGUGAGGAGGGAAGGGUUCCGCCGGCCGGAGCUGCUGCCCCCACACCCGCACAGCAUAGAGCCGUCGGUUAUUGGCGAUAACAUGGGGAUGCACGACAUGGGGCACGGACUGGAGGAUGUUCAAAAUGUAGAUGACCACAGUAUUAUUAUGGCAGAUCAGACAGUCAUCAAAAAAGUAUUAGGACUACGAGGUGGCAGGAACCUUGAUCGCUUACAGAGGACUUAUUAUCAGGGGGGCGUUCUUGCGGGGCCUGUCACUCUACCCAAAGGCAACGCUCUGGGUCUUCCUUUCCAGAAAGAGUCCCUGCUUGGCAUGGUAUCAAACCCAACAGAGGUGUUCUGCUCCGUACCAGGCCGUCUUUCCCUGCUGAGCUCCACAUCCAAAUACAAGGUUACCGUGGCUGAGGUCCAGAGACGUCUGUCACCCCCUGAGUGCCUCAACGCAUCGCUCCUGGGAGGGGUUUUACGCAGAGCCAAGUCAAAAAAUGGAGGUCGCUCUCUAAGAGAAAAGCUUGAUAAGAUUGGGCUCAACCUGCCUGCAGGAAGAAGGAAGGCAGCCAAUGUCACUCUACUUACCUCACUAGUAGAAGGUGAAGCUGUUCAUUUAGCAAGAGACUUUGGUUACGUGUGUGAGACAGAGUUCCCUGCAAAGGCAAUUGCUGAAUACCUGGGCAGGCCGCAUGUGGAACGCAACGAGGUUAACUCUCGCAAGAACAUGCUCCUUGCUGCCAAGCAAAUCUGCAAGGAGUUCACAGACUUGCUUACUCAGGACCGUUCACCUCUGGGAAACUCGCGGCCGGCCCCCAUCAUGGAGCCUGGAAUCCAGGGCUGCCUGACCCACUUCAGCCUCAUCACUCAUGGCUUUGGCUCUCCAGCCAUCUGCGCCGCCAUGACCUCACUUCAGAACUACCUGAACGAGGCGCUCAAACAAGUGGACAAGAUGUACCUGACCUCUGGUAGUGACACCCAGGGGUCCUCAGACAGUGGAAGCAAAUCUACCGACAAAAUGGACAAGCACAGGAAAUGAGAACUCAAAGCAGAAUCCUUAUGAACUUGAGAACCCCUGAGUCCCUUAAUCUUACUGCCCUGUCUGCCCUUUUUGGACUUAUAAAAAUCAAUAUUGAUUGAUAAGUAUUGUCAUUUUGAGAGCUGAAUUUGUGUGUGUGUGUGUGUGUACUUGUUCUGUUGAAUUUAUAUCAGAUUUUUUGAGAAGUUAAUGAUUUCUCAGAACUUGUCACAGCUGGCCGCAGAGCAGUCUGUGUUGGCACAUACGGUGAACUUGUCCAAACGGGAGCCCACGUUGCGAGGACGUGAUGCACACCAUAUCGUACUAACCACUUUGCAGUUCCACACAGUUGCCAGUGUGCUGGCUACAACCAUGGGACCUGUACUCAGUUGACAAGAGGAGGAAAAGAACAAAGUGCAUACUGUUUUUCUCUCCCCAGAGGACAUCAUUUCAAGAUGAUGAAGAGUUGCUGUGGCUGUGAAUUCCUCUCAGCCCCCCUCCGCGCUCUGUCUGGAGGCAAAUCCACUGAUUUCCUGUGUCUCAAUGGACUUGCAAAGGACAACUUUUUAUAUGAGAAAGAAGGAGAAGAAAAUCCACUUCAUAUUUUUGUGCUUGAUUUGUACAACCACUUCAAAAUGGCUCCAGUGUUAUUGUGCUUUGUUCAUGAGAGAUGAUUUGAAUCUUAUGUAGGCCUGAAUGAGACAAGACAAUUUUGGGUUUGUUAUUCUGUGUGGUUCUGAAACCAGCCUCUUCAGUGUUCAUGUGGAUUACAGCAAUGCUUCUGUUGUUACUCCAUCUUUUAAACCUGGCAGCAAGAACAAGUUAUUUUUGUGUUAGGUAUUCAUCAUUCUUAGUAUUUAAAAACCCCAGGUCACCAUCAACCUACCAACCAGUUCAGUCCUGCCAGAGUGUAUGUAUGUUGUGAGAAUGUGUGUAAAUGUAUAUAAUUCAUUCUUUAAAAAUGUUUUUAAUUAGACAUUAAAUUCCAAACAUAGAAUUUUAUCCAGUGUCUUGUCCUGGAUGUAAAUAUUUUCUAAUUUAUGUUGUAAUUUAAUGGGCUUGUGUAAAUAGUGGUAUCAUUCUGGUGUAUGGUUUCACUUUUUAUGAUGAUGUGUUAAACUUUUAUAAAUGGGUUAGUUUUUUAUCGCGUAGAGGUUAGGAAGUGGGCAUGAUAUACUUUUUUGAAAAUAUGUAAAAGAAAACUGUUUCAGGAAAAAUAAAAAAUGAAAUGAAAGACUGAAAA